AUGAAUGUGUCUAUGACUGCACGGAAGAUUGAAUUGAAACAAGACCAACCCAUCACCGUAUUAAUAAAUGCUAGAAUGCGCACAGGAUCAUCUUUGAUUGGACGUUAUUUGUCGAACAACCCUGACAGCAUGUACCUAUACGAACCGGAACUCGCUUUACGAUACAACACUUCUCUUCACUACAAUGUAUUUAACGACAGUGCAGCACACCUAGAGAAACUUCAAAAUCCAUUCUACGAAAUUAUUGAGGGAUUCUUUGAUUGCGAUUAUACAAGAAGAUCUGAACUGCUACCUUUUAUGAACGAGAGAGAUUGGCUGAAAUCAUAUAAUGGCUUUGCUCUCCUGAAAGGGUCCCAGUUUAAUGCUAAGCGACUCAAUGAAAUAUGUAAGACAAAAAGGCACCGUGUGGUAAAGACGGUGCGAAUAAAUGAUAUUUCAAAAGGUUUGAGUACGUUAAAAAAGUACGAUGUGAAAGUUAUCCAGGUUGUUAGGGAUCCCCGCGGAAUGAUUAACUCGAGAAUAAACUUUGAGAAACAGCAUUUGCAACCACGAGACAAACGAGAUCUAAUCGUGAGGAAAGCCAGUGAUGCUUGUAGAGACUACUGCAUAUGGCUAAAAACAAACAUAGACUCUGUCCUUAAUGGACCGAAGUGGUUGAAGGAACACUAUUUGAUCGUGCGAUAUGAGGAUCUGAUUGAAAGACCGCGAAAACUUGUACCGAAUAUGCACCACUUUAUUAGUAUACCUACAAACAUGACAGACGCCAUUUUAAGCAACCAGACAUUACGACCAGACAGUGCAUUUGCAUGGCGACACAGUCUACCAUAUUACCAAACACGUACUGCGCAGAAUAACUGCCCUGACGAAAUAUUUGAAACACUAGGUUAUGUGAAAGUUCAGAAUGAAAACCAGCAACGUAAUGUGUCAUUCUCCCUUUCGACGUCACCAAAUAUCAGUAAACUAACCUCCCUGGCUUAG